UGCGGACUACAUCUCCCACAGAGCACCGGCGCUUCCUCGCGGAGCCGGGAGAUGUAGUUCGCUCUCCGCUGCCGUCAGGCGCUGGAGGAAGGGGCGGGGAACUACACGUCCCAGGUCGCACCGCGCGCCUCGGAGCGGCUGGCGGGCCAGUGGGGCGUAGUAGUUAAGAGCUGCCGAAGAAGAAGGCGAUUAAGAUGGCGGCGUGUGCCGCGCAGGGACCCCAGCUCCAGUGAGGAGGCCGCACGGUCACCGCGCGUUGUCCCCGUCCCCGCGCUCCGUUCCGCCCGUCUCCCGCCCUCGCUCACCCGACGACUCCUUUUUUUUCUUUUGUAGUCGCAGUCGGAUACCCAUCCCCCCCCCCGGCACAAUGGGGGUGCAGGGCUUCCAGGAGUUCCUGGAGAAGAGAUGCCCGGGGGCCGUGGUGCCCGUUGACCUGUUGAAGUUGGCCCGGACGGUGGCCCGGCAGCAGCACCGCGCGGGCCUGUCACCCGGGGGUUACCCGCCGGCUCCGCCGCCCCCUCCCCCACCGCAGCCCCCCUCCCCGGCGGCGCCCCCACCCCCUCCUCCCUGCCGGGUGCUGGUGGACGCGGACUCGGCUCUCCAGCGCCUCUAUGGCGGCUACCAGACAGACUGGGUGUGCGGGGGCCAAUGGAACGCCAUGCUGGGCUACCUGGCGGCGCUGUCCCAGGCCUGUCUGCACCAGGGCGGCCUGGAGCUGGUGGCCAUGUUCAACGGCACGCUGGCCAAGGAGCGGCUCCCCGAGUGGGCCCGGCGGGCACAGGGCGAGCGCCAGACGGCCCAGCUUAUUGUCAGCCACGUUGGAAACAAGGGCACCCCGCCCCCCCGGGCCUGGUUCCUGCCGCCCGCCUGCCUGGCGCACUGCAUUCGCCUGGCCAUGAUCCGGUUCAGAGUGAAGGUGUUUCAGAGUUUGGAGGAUCAUCACCUGGAAGUGGUGUCCUUCUUCCGGGAGAACGGAUUUCACGGCCUCAUUGCCCACGACUCUGAAUACGCUCUGUGUAACAUCCCUUCUUACUACAGCUCUCACGCCCUCAAGCUCAGCUGGAAUGGGAAGAAUCUCACUACCAACCAGUUUCUAAUGCAGGAGGUGGCCAAACAGCUGGGCCUCAAGAUGAGCAACUUCCCCAUCUUCGCUGCCCUUUUGGGUAAUCAUAUUCUUCCGGAUGAAGAUUUGGCCGCAUUUCAUUGGAGUUUGCUGGGACCAGAUCAUCCUCUCGCUUCACUCAAGGUCCGUGCCCACCAGCUUGUCCUGCCACCUUGUGACGUGGUCAUAAAAGCCGUCUCCGAGUAUGUGGCAACUAUCAAAGACUCCUCCAAUCUGGACGCUGUGGGGAAAGAGAUAUUCAGACACUCACAGUCCAGAACAGAAGAUAAGAUCGAACGCUUUAAAAAAGCCGUGGAAUAUUAUUCAGUCGCCACCAAGCAACGUCCGCCUCCGCUCAAUCCUUCUCCUUACGUUGUUGCAGGAUAUGGGCCCAACCAGUUCGGAGUCCCUCCUUUACCACACAACCAAAUGGGAGGAGUACAUGUCGGCAAGCCUAUGUUCGGACACCACCAGAUGCCUGCUAAGCUGCAGUAUCAUCAGCACCACCCGUUUCCUCCCGGACCCAACUCCGGGUUCAUGUUCCCUCCUCACCACAUGGGCGAAUUUUCUCACUUCCACGACGAUAACUUUCUGAAAGGGGGCCCGUUUUCCGGCUGGUCCCUGCCAUAUGACACGACCGCUUCCAAGUUCCAUAAUCACCUGACUUUGAAGCCUUCUCCAUCGUCGGGCCAGGAAUCGUCACCCUCCUCUUCAUCUGAUGAAGACCAUAAUGGCGCCGCAUCCAACCAUGUGACGGAUAACCGUCAGCAUAAGACUAACUGGGAGGAAUCUUCUGGUGACAAGCUAUCCCAAAACUGGGGCCACCAGUCUGGAGGGGGAGAGUCUGGCCAGAACAUGGGGCACAACGAAUCGCAGAUUCCAUCAUUGCUGUCCAUGGCGACAAGGAACCACAUGGACAUCACCACUCCACCUCUACCUCCGGUGGCACCCGAAGUCUUACGGGUGGCAGAACAUAGACAUCGCCGUGGACUCAUGUACCCAUACAUUUACCAUGUUCUUACCAAGGGUGAGAUUAAACUGCCUGUUUGUAUAGAGGAUGAGUGCAACGGCGACCUUCCUCCUUCCGCCAUUCUCUUCCGCCCAGCCCGACAGUAUGUAUACGGAGUCCUCUUCAGCCUCGCCGAGACCCAGAGGCGUCUGGAGCGACUAGCAAUGCGUCGUCGCCUGCCCGUGGACGUUCCACCAGUGAUCAUCAAGGAAUGGUCCGCCUAUAAAGGAAAGUCUCCUCAAACACCAGAGCUGGUGUCCGCAUUGACCUUCAGAGAAUGGACCUGUCCAAACUUAAAGAAACUAUGGCUCGGCAAAGCUGUAGAAGACAAGAACCGCAGAAUGAGAGCGUUCCUGGCAUGUAUGAAGUCGGACACCCCCAGUAUGCUGAAUCCUGCCAACGUGCCCACUCACCUCCUACUGAUGUGCUGCGUACUGCGAUAUAUGAUGCAGUGGCCUGGAGGAAGGAUAUUACUGAGACACGAGCUGGAUGCGUUCUUAGCCCAAGCUGUAUCUUCUCAACUAUAUGAGCCAGACCAACUUCAAGAGCUCAAGAUUGAAAAGCUGGAUACCCGCGGAGUGCAACUUGCAGCUCUCUUCAUGAGCGGCGUGGACACUGCACUUUUUGCCAACGAUGCCUGUGGCCAGCCGGUCCCUUGGGAGCAUUGCUGUCCUUGGAUUUACUUCGACGGGAAGCUUUUCCAGAGCAAGCUCAUCCGAGCGGGCCGUGAGAAAGUCCCAUUAAUUGAACUGUGUGAUGGCCAGGCAGAGCAGGCAGCCAAAGUGGAGAAGAUGAGACAGAGCAUCUUGGAGGGGAUCAAUCUUAAUCGCCAACCACCUCCGCCACUUCUUCCGCCGCCACCAUUCAUGCCCCCUAUGAUGCCACCGUUUUACCCUGUUCCACUGUAUCCUAGAGCCAUGGGUUCCAUGCCCCCGCCACCACCUGGAAGAAACAGAGGCUUUUCGGGAGUUCAUCCUAUUCCUCCCCAAGGAGGCAAGCUGGAAAUUGCUGGUAUGGUUGUAGGUCAGUGGGCUGGGAGUAAACCCUCCCGGGGCCGCGGAGCUUUCGGCAUGCAAGUUGUUUCUGUCGGGGGUCCCGGAAAGGGACGUGGAAGAGAUAACAACAAUUCUGUUAAUAAAGUGACAAAAACAAACAAAAAAGUGAACAAACAGGGAUCUAUAGACAGCCGUAGUCCGUCCCACGUGAACGGGACCAGCGGAACCACAGUCGCGGAGGAAGAAUCCAGCCCUCAAACCGUAGCAUGUGCCUUACCCAGAGAAUGCAGUGAGCCUUGCAGCAACGGCAGCACCCCUCACUUCGCAGGAAUGAGCGGCGAUGGCGGCGACAACUGCCGCGACGAAAAUGUCUCGUUUGAUUUCAGAAAGGUAAUUUGAGCAAGAAUUGUUGGCUUAUUCCUAAACGCACGUAACGUAGAAGAGGUUAGUAGCAGCCCUUCCUUCUGUUUGCAAUGUUAAAAAAAUACCCGGCUAGGUUAUAUACUUUUUGGUGUUAAGGGGGAGGGAGGGGGGUAGCAGUUAUUGUUGAUGUAACACUGUUCUUUAUUAUAUACAUAUUGCUCGAAUGGACUAUGGUAGGUUCCCAAGAACCCCCUGUAAUCUGUAUGAAGCCAAACGGGCGACCGCGUUCAGUCUAGAGCCCAUUGGACGGUAGGAAGUUUUGGGAACUGUUGUCGUGUCGCCUUGUUUCUUGCGUUGUGUGCAACAAGGCACCUCCAUGACACUUAACCUGAUGCUACACAGCAGUGCAGUACUUUGACGUAUAUACUAUAACCAAGCACCCACUCCCAGUAUUCUGGGGCCUUCCCUGCUUGUCUAUCACAACACACUGUAGAUGAAGUGUAUAGCACAGUGUUUUCCAACCAGGGUGCCUCCAGCUGUUGCAAAACUACAACUUCCAGCUUGCCCGGACAGCCGAAGGCUGUCCGGGCAUGCUGGGAGUUGUGGUUUUGCAAUAGCUGAGGGCACCCUGGUUAGGAAGCAUUGAUCUAGGCAGACUGACUAACCUAUUCCUGUUGCUCAGUGAUAAUAUGACUUCAGCACCUGUGCUGAUCUGGGCUCGUCUGAGCACCUGUGCUGAUCUGGGCUCGUCUGAGCACCUGUGCUGAUCUGGGCUCGUCUGAGCACCUGUGCUGAUCUGGGCUAGUGGUAUAGAACUUUUUUUUCUCAUGGAUAACGUGAGUGACCAGCACAUGUUUAACACAGACCAUUGCAGUAGUGUCAUGGCCAUCUACACAUAUAUAUAUAUACAUAUAUAGUCCAAAGGCUUCUACCGUGUGUGUAGGGAAGACUGUGGAGUGCAAUGCUGCCCGAUACCGCUGACAUUUAAUUUUUUUCCACCGUCAAUGUCUGACGACGGGGCAGUCGACACACCCAUUCGUCUUGUCUGAUAUUUCUGAUAAUAAUUUUUAUUUUAUUUUUCACAUCUUUGGAGAUGAUUCUCGCACAUACUGUUGAAUUAAUGGUGUCUCUUUUUAAAGAUGAUUUACAUUUUUUUAGAUGUUCUGAAACGAAAAAAGAAAAAAAAACCUUCAAGCAAACUAACAUUUUCUUGUUUAAGACUUAAAUGUAAGAAACGUCAAUUACGCGAAGAAAAAAUAAAUAUAUAAAAAGCAAAAAAAAAAUAAAAAUAAUAAUAAUAAUAAUAAUGAAACUUGUCCUUGCACCCGAUUCCUUUUGGGUGUAGACCUGACCCAUCUGUGUCUGCUGCACAUGUAUUUGUGAUAUUUCGCUUCUUUUCUUCCUGGUUUAGUGGUAACUAAAUGCUGAAUAAUUUUCCAAAAGAGACAGAACCUUUGAAAGGAAAACUUUCAAAGUGCGAAUAUAUAGAUAUAUAUAUUUCGUAAGCCCGCUCCCUGUUAAACCCGAUUUAAUAUAAACUUCCCGCUUUCUCUUCAGGUUUUUUUGUUUUGUUUUGUUUUUGUUUGUUUUUUUUAUUAAUUUUUUUUUUUAUUUUUUUUUUUAGCUAGGUGAAUCACUGCAAUGAAUAUUUGUUAGUAAUUUCAUGUUAAACUGAUACUGUCUGUGUUUAAUUACAGUCAACAAAAAAAAUAUCUAAAAAAAACAAACAAAAAAUAAAUUAAAAAAAAAAAAACAUGGCUUCUGGAUUAUAUUUUCUCCCCUGUUAAUAAACGCCCCCUUUUAUGCUAGUCACCUGUUUAGUGGAUGGGUAAUGUGUAACUAUCUCCCACUUCCCAAAAAUCUUCCUGUCCUGUAAUCCCUUGCCCCCAGCAUCUCCAUAGUUUAUCAAUGUAAGUUAGAGCGGCAAAAAACUCUUGAGAAUGUCUGCUGUUGUGGAGAAGGUGGUGAACUUAUGAUGCAGAAUGUUUAGGAACGCUUCAAGGAGGAGCUUGGUUUCCAGUUAGAAAGACUUACAAUGCUUAAUAAAGUCUAUUCUUUUAGUAAA